CUCAACAGCUUGUUGCAUACAGGUCGUUUCUUGAGCGAUGUUUGCGACGGCGGUGGUGCAGGGCGGCCGGUCAGCAUGGAAAGGUCCGUUCUUCGUGGCGUUCCCUAACCUGCGGCUGGCUCUGGAGAACAACAUUCCCAUCAAGACACAGGCUCGCUCAUGUACCAUCCUACCGAACUUCGUCGGACUGAGGUUCCUCGUUCAUAACGGGAAAGAGUACAUUCCGGUGCUCGUCACGCAGGACAUGGUGGGGCACAAGCUGGGUGAAUUCUCGGCGACGAGGAAGAGGUUCACGUUCCGUGCAACAAAGAACAAGUAGAACAUACUCCGUUCCCACCGUAUACAUUAUCCUCUCAUUCUUGUUCUUCGUCGGCUCGGAAAACCUGUGUGGUCUGCUUCAACACAUCGACAACAUAAAACAAGUUCUAGGUGGACGCGUACUCCUAAAGGUUGUGAGUUUGAUUUGCUGUUGCACCGGGUUCUGCACACUUGUAGUGCUGCUCCGUUUUGACGUUGUCAAGUAUUUUCUUGUGUUUUCCCUAUAACUGCGUAUCGGUGGGUCUGUAUAGACCUCCAGUGGUCGGCCCAGUUCUCCGUCUUCU